ACUAUCAUCUCAUGCCAUCAGUUUCCUUAGAUCUUUCUCCUUCCAUUAUUCUCUCUCUCUUCUUCAAUCUUAAUUUACCUUCUUACUCUUAAUCUUUAAAGAUGUCUCCUAACGCAACCAUGGAGGAAUCUCCCAUGGACUCCAAAUCCAGAGCAUAUGUGACGUUCUUGGCUGGCAAUGGGGAUUACGUGAAGGGUGUGGUCGGUUUAGCUAAGGGUUUAAGGAAGGCAGAAUCUGCAUACCCUCUUGUGGUUGCUGUUCUACCUGACGUCCCGGAGGAGCACCGCCAAAUUCUUGAAUCUCACGGCUGUAUUGUCCGUGAAAUUGAGCCGGUCUACCCGCCGGAGAACCAGACCCAGUUUGCCAUGGCUUAUUAUGUGAUUAACUACUCAAAGCUUCGUAUUUGGGAGUUUGUGGAGUAUGAAAAGAUGAUAUACUUGGAUGGUGAUAUACAAGUGUUUGAGAAUAUUGAUCACCUAUUCGAUUCAGCAAAUGGGUAUUUGUACGGUGUUAUGGAUUGUUUCUGCGAGAGGAAUUGGAGAUUCUCUCCACAGUACAAGAUUGGUUACUGCCAACAGUGUCCUGAAAGAAUUCAAUGGCCCAAGGAGAUGGGCUCUCCACCUCCUCCUUACUUCAAUGCCGGAAUGUUCGUGUUUGAGCCUAAUCUUAAGACCUACUCUGAUCUCUUGGAGACCCUCAAAGUCACCCCCACAACUUCUUUUGCUGAGCAGGACUUUCUGAACAUGUUCUUCAAGGAUGUGUACAAGCCAAUCCCUCCAGAGUACAACCUUAUUUUGGCUAUGCUAUGGCGCCAUCCUGAAAAUGUGGAGUUGGACAAAGUGAAGGUUGUCCAUUAUUGUGCAGAUGGUGGAAAGCCAUGGAGGUACACAGGGAAAGAAGUGAACAUGGAGAGAGAGGACAUAAAGCUGCUGGUGAAGAAGUGGUGGGAUAUAUACGAAGAUGAGGCAUUGCCCUGCAAGAAUGCUGUGGCUGCAACUCAUCAUGGAAAACUUGGCUCCAUGAUUGCUUCUUUGACUGAAGAAGAAAUGGUUGAUCAGCAGAGAACUGCUCCAUCUGCUGCUUAAAAAUAUGUAUUAAUUCUAAUUAUAGAUAUGUGAACUCUAUAUAUAUAUAUAUAGAGAGAGAGAGAGAGAGAGAAUUAAUGUAAGGGAUAUAAUAAUUAAUGUAAUGGUGUGUUGUGUUAAUAAAUGGUAAUUGCAAGCUUGCAUGCCUUGGCACCUACAAAA